AUGGCGGCGGUGGUGGCCGGGGCCGCCCUGCUGGGCAAGGGGCUGGACAUCAGCCUGGCGGCGCUGCAGCAGCACGACCCCUACAUCAGCAGCAUCGUGGACGUGGCCAGCCAGGUGGCGCUCUACACCUUCGGGCACCGCGCCAACGAGUGGGAAAAGACUGAUGUGGAGGGAACGCUGUUUGUUUACACAAGAUCAGCUUCUCCAAGGCAUGGUUUCACAAUUAUGAACAGACUGAGCAUGGAAAAUCGAACAGAACCUAUUACUAAAGACCUUGAUUUCCAGCUGCAGGACCCUUUUCUACUGUACAGAAAUGCCAGAUUGUCCAUCUAUGGGAUUUGGUUUUAUGAUAAGGAAGAAUGCCAAAGAAUUGCAGAGCUCAUGAAAAACCUAACUCAGCAGGAACAAUUCAAAGCACAGCAAGGCACAGGAGCUGGAGUGUCCCCUAUGAUCAUGAAUUCUGCUAAUAACAAGGAAGUGGAUAUCUUACGGAUGCUUACCAAGGCCAAAGAUGAAUACACCAAGUGUAAGACCUGCUCAGAGCCAAAACAAAUCACCAGUUCUUCUGCAAUCUAUAACAACCCCAACCUAAUCAAACCGAUUCCAGUGAAGCCCAGUGAAAAUCAGCAUCAACGAAUACCUCAGCAGAGCAAGAAUGUGGAUCCUGAACCACAGCACCUGUCUUUGACUGCACUGUUUGGAAAACAAGAAAAGCCAGGUGGCCCAGAGCCACCGAAGAAACAGCAUCAGGAGACCCUUCCUGUUCGGCAGGGGGUGGUACGUUCACUGUCCUACGAGGAGCCCAGCAGGCAUUCUCCCUCUGCAGAGAGGCAGCUCUGCCCUGCCAUUCAGAAGCUUAUGGUGCGUGGGUCAGAGCUUCACCCCCUGGCUGAGCUGCCUGAGAACCGGCUGUGUGAAAACGGCAGUGCCCCCGCUGCGGGGCAGGCGUUCACCGGGCUCUUCCAGCCCGUCACUUCCCACGGCAUUGCGGCGUCCCAUGUCGCCCAGGACACGGCUGGCACGCAGAACCUGCUACAGAAAUUGCAGAGUCAGGCUGGGUCAGUGACUAAGAUGGAGCCUGGUGCAACAGGAGCUGUGAACUCAACUGCUGCUGCUUUCAGCAGUUCUUCUGCUGCUGUUGGAGCUCCGGCAGCAGCAGUGAAUGCCAUGAGCCAGCCACCUCUGGUGUAUUUCAAUGGUUCCUUACCAGCCCAGACUUUAGACUCUCAGACACUCAAUAAAGAACAAUCCAAACUUCCUAGGCAGCCACUUUCUCUCUCUGGCAACCAAGCAGCCGGAUCUGGAGUGAUUUCACCUCAAGAGUUACUGAAAAAACUCCAGAUAGUGCAGCAAGAGCAACAGUUGCAUGUAUCCAGCAGACCAACCUUGGCAGCUAAGUUUCCUGUUGUUACUCAGACCACCAGCACACUGAAGCCACUGGAUUCCUGGAUGGAGAAGGCACCGGGGACAGAAAAACAGACUGCUCUUUUUCAGGUCAUCUCACCUCAACGCAUUCCUGCCACUGUAACUCCUACCUUACUGAUGUCCCCAAUGGUCUUCACUCAGUCCACACCCGCUCCACCAAAAACCAACAAAAGUGGGCGGAUAGCAGCAGCAAGCCAAGAACCUGCUGUUAGCUCAGCUAGCCUGCUCCUGCCGCUGCAAACCCCAGAGCCAUCUGCAGCCAGCAGCACCUCAGUGACAAAGAUGCAGCUGCAGGAAACACUGCUUCAUCUGAUCCAGAACGAUGACAACUUCUUAAACAUCAUCUACGAAGCGUAUCUCUUCAGCGCCAGGAAGGCGGCGAUGAAAAAGGCUCUCUGA